AUGUCUUCGACCACCACUACCACAGCCCCAACUCUAUCCCUCCUCGCCGACUACGAACUGCACCACAGCACUCCUCCUCCGUCCGCAUCUUUGUCUUCGCCUCCACAGUCCCAAUCGGUGGCUUUAGCCCAUCAAGCAAACCCAGCCAGCUGGCCAACCCACCAUCGCCGCAUCCCGCCCUACAGGCCCAUCAACCGCAAUCUUGACUUUGCUGAGAGGAGCGCCGGGUCCAGCGUUCCGGAGUAUAUUUUCAUUCAAUCCAUGCUGCACGGGGUCUGGCUUAACGCGAGUAUUGCACAACUAUGGCGGGCGACAGGAGGGAAGAUCAACGACCGGAUCUUUCGGUACGAAGUGGGAGGGGAGUAUUGA